GAUGCAUUGACGCAUGCGCACUAAAUAGUAAAUAAUAGCGGGAUCUGCACUUAUUCCGCGAAAAAUAAAACGCAGUUAGAAGUCGUAACAAAAGUGCAUACACAAUGCCACUCGAACUAACCGAAGGUGCAAUUGAGUCCAUUGUUAGUGGAGGACAGUGUGAUGAGCCGCUGAUUCAAAUAGUGGGAACGAAACUGAUAUCUGGUGGAAGUGGUGGGAGUGACAGAUAUCGCCUGCUGCUAUCAGAUGGCAAACACAGCUACUCCCAUGCAAUGUUGGCCACCCAGCUGAACACGAAGAUGGCAAGUGGAGAGAUGGACAACCAUUGUGUGGUCAGGGUGAAGCAGUACAUCUGUAACACGCUUCAGGGAGACAGGAGAGUUAUGAUUCUUCUUGAUGUUGAUGUGAUUGCCAAAGGAUUGGAGAUUGGAGGUCGUCUUGGCAACCCACAGCCAUUCAAAGCUGGUCAAGCAUCAGAGAACAUAGCACCCACAAAUAACCAGGCACCAGCUUCGAAAAACAUCCCUAAUGGAGUGGCGAAAACCAACAGUGCCCCAGUGCUGUCCAACUCGGCUAAAAGCCCACCCCCAUCAAAACCAGGGUUCAACGUUCGAUCAGGGGGUACACCAGGAACUCCAGGCAGUAAUAGAAUACACAGCAUUGCCAGUCUCACACCAUACCAGAAUAGGUGGCGUAUUCGUGCCCGAGUGACCCAGAAAAGUAACAUUCGUACUUGGAGCAAUUCCCGUGGGGAGGGGAAGUUGUUCAGCGUCAAUCUGCUGGAUGAGAGUGGGGAAAUUCGAGCUACGGGAUUCACAGAUACUGUUGACAAGUAUUAUAACAUGUUGGAAGUCAACAAGGUGUACUACAUCAGCAAAGCCACCCUGAAGACAGCCAACAAGCAGUACACAUCAGUGAAGAAUGAUUAUGAGAUGACGUUCAACUCGGACUCAAUGAUUGAACCGUGUGAGGAGCAGACAGACCUGCCAUCUCUCUCCUUUGACUUCGUCAAGAUUGAUGCACUGGAGUCGAAACAACCACAAGCAGUUAUUGAUGUGAUAGGUGUGGUAAAACAGGUGAAUGAUCUGGCAAACAUAACCACAAAGGCGGGGAAAGAGCUGUCUAAACGAGACAUCCAGCUGGCUGACCAGUCAGGAAUGGUCGUCAACCUUACUCUCUGGGGAAAUGAUGCCGAGACGUUUAAUGGAGAGGACAACCCAGUGAUAGCCUGCAAGGGCUGUCGACUGUCAGACUGGGGUGGCCGAUCCCUGUCACUCUUGUCGAGCAGUCAGAUGAUGCUAAAUCCAGACCUGCGAGAGGCGGCAAUGCUGAAGGGCUGGUGGAGUCGGGAGGGAUGUAACAAGGAGUUCCAGUCAUACCGGUCUGAAGGAGGCGCUGGCGCAGGAGGUGGAAGUACUAACUGGAAGUUGUUAGGUCAGUUGAAGAACGAGAAUAUCGGCCAGGACAAGGCAGACUACUUUACAUCCAGGGGAACUGUUGUCUUCUUAAGAAAGGAGAACUCCAUGUAUCAGGCGUGUCCGACAGAGUCAUGCAACAAGAAGGUAGUGGAUCAGGGCAAUGGAAUGUUCCGAUGUGAGAAAUGUCAGGCUGAAUACCCCAAAUAUAAGUGGAGAAUGAUCCUUUCCGUGAACCUUGCAGACCAUACAGGAAACCAAUGGGUAACAUGUUUCCAGGAGUCAGCAGAAAUUGUACUUGGCAUUAAAGCUGACGAUUUGGGAAACCUAAAGGAAACUAAUGAGCUUGCCUAUGACAACGUGUUCGAAGAGGCUUCCUUCAAAAGUUACGUCUUUAAACUUAGAGCUAAAGUUGAAACAUACAAUGAUGAGAGCAGAUUAAAAGUUGGAUGUACCAAUGCUUCGCCCAUAGACUACGUGGAGGAUGGCAAACGACUUUUGGACGAAAUCAACAAACUCAUGAUAUAAUGGUUCACUGAUGAUUGUGACGUUUGGUCUAUAAUAGACUAGCAGGCUUGAAAUAUUGGUGAACAAGGAUAUUGUCAUGUGGCAUAUAUACAAGAGAAAUGUACAUCUUAAUUUUAAGUGCAUGAACAUGAAACUAGUUUGGUUUUAAAGGACAACAUUACAUAGAUUGCUUUAGGUGUUAGAAUGUUCAAAAAACGAAUUCUUCUCUUACUAGAAUCAAAAGUUUGUUCAAAAUUUGUGCUUUGACUAGGCAAAGUAAUAACUAAUUUUUAAGAGAUUGCAAUCAAAGACUCUAAUGUUAAAUUUGCAGUCAUCUGCAAAAAUGCACUUUUUACUUGUUCAUGUAGACUCGCUGUUAUUGCAUUAAUCACUGUCUACAUGCUAAGUUCCUUGUUAAAUGACCCAUAACUGGAAGAAAUAGUGCACAAAAAAGUAGCCCACAUGUCCCUGUACCGGUUGUUUUCUGCAACAUCUCUGGAUGUGUUUUUUUUCCAGAUAACUCACAUUGUUGCCAGAUAACUCACAUUGUUGCCAGAUAACUCACAAAGUUGCCAGAUAACUCACAUUGUUGAUCCAUGAAGGUUUCUUUGUUCUACAUGUUCUUGUUAGUAUUGGCGAUGUUUCAUGUAGAGAUAUAAGUGCUAAGAUUUGUCUGAAAAAUGUUUCAUGUAGAGAUUGCUAAAUCAGUGUUCAUAAAAUUGCUGUAUUUAUUUGUUCAUACUUAGUCUAUAAACAUACGUAUAUACUGUUCUGCAUAACAAUAUUUGUUUCAUAUACAUGUACAAUAAAUACUACAUGUAUGGUUACACAUAACUGUUUUUUUCAUCAUGUGCCAGUGCUGUAUAAACUUUUUUGUGACAACUUUCGUUAUUUUAUUUGUACUUAUUUCAUUUUAUUCAGAAAGAAACUCAAAAUAUAAAUCUAUUUGUUUGAAGAACUUCCGAAACAAAACAUCUUCAUUCUUAAAAACCAAAUCAUGACAAAAAGCACUGUUAUGUAUAAGAAAUUAAAUGUGUAACUGUUUGAUGCAUGGAUGUUAGUUUUGA